AGCGCACCACAACGUCUGGAAUUUGCCCAUGACCAUCGAAACUAUCAUCAAAGCACUCACACUCAAUAGACCGUCGAGCUCAAAACCCCACCGCAACCAUGAUUACCUCCGACAUUGUCAUUCGAGACCUUUUUCCAGGCGUCACAACCUUCACCACACCGUUCAACCGCUUCGCACCAUUUGGAUACCGCAAGUUCGUUGCAGUCGGCAACCGAGCAACCGCCAUUCGUCUGCACGACAACCGAAUGCUCUUAAUCAACCCGAUUCAACUCUCAAAUUCCGUACGAGAGAAGCUUAUUCAGCUUGGCGGUGUGCACCUCGUGGCGGCUGAUUUGGGUCAUCAUAUGUACAUUGGCGAAUAUCUCAAAGUGUGGCCUGAUGCGACAACGAUCGGUGUGCCGGGUUUGGAAGGGAAAAGGAAGGAUGUCAAAUGGGACUUCAUUUACUCAGAGAAAAACAGAAGUCCUGAGAAGGUCUUGGGGUUUGCGGAGGAUAUGGAAACUGUGUUGUUUGAGGGAUUCAUUACUUAUUGUGUUGCAUGGUAUCACAAGCCUACUAAAACGUUGGUUCAGGCGGACUUGAUGAUGAAUUUACCGUGCACGGAGCAAUACAAGCCCUCCUCGUCCGAACAAGACAUCUUCUCGCGCGAGUUCGCGAAACGCGCACAUCCACGCUCAGUUUGGUUCAAGCGCUUAAUAUACUACAUUGCGAGCGUAGACUACCAGCUCAUGCGGCGAGACGCGAAACGAGUCGCUGAGUGGGACGUCGAGAGCAUCAUACCGUGUCAUGGGGACGUACUCGAGGCUGAUGGAAACCGAGCAUGGGCGCAGACGUAUGAAUGGUUCUUGCAAGGAAGUCUCGAACCAGGCUUACUGAAACGUAUCAUGGAUCCGUUUAUGCAACGAGUAAGAUGGUUAUUCUUAAUGUGA